AGGAAAGAAGGGACUUUUCACACGUGCACAUUACUUUUCACACGUGGGAAGGAGGGAUCUGCCUCGUUGACUAUAAAACUGGGUGGAGAAGGGAUUCUGUUGCUGAUUUAGAAAGAGAAAAGCCUUGCAGUUUUCAUUUCAAGGUUUGAGUACCUAGACAACAAGCGUUUCUCAAGGAAGAUACUGCAUUAAUGGAAAUUUCAUCUGUCAGAUGGUUAUCCGAAAUGGGAAUGGAAGACCCCACAUUCAUACAUCAAUGUGAGAUGAACUCACUAGAUGAUUUCACCACACAACAAAUAGCAGCUGCACUUGGAGAGGAUUUCCAGAACUCUUUCUCUUCAGAGAGCUGCUACUCCUACCCAUCCUUCAACCCAAGAAGUAACACCACCACCACCUACAGCUGCUCAUCCAUGGAAGCUUCUCACACUGGCAUCAUCGAGCGGCCCGCCAAGCAUCCCAGAACCAACAGCUGGAAUUCCUGCACCACCGAGCACAUCUCGACCAUCCCCGACACUACUUCUCCUCCAAACAUGCUCUCCUUCUCCAAUCAGAACUCAGUCAACCAGCAUCAACAGUUCUACGGCAAUUUCGUCAAUGGGCCCAUGAAGCCCAAGGAUGAGACUGUGUCUCCAAGAACAUUGACCAUCCCACCGGAGAUCUUGAUCUCUCAAGGUUCUUUAAUGAAUCAAAGCUAUGUAUCAAAAGCAGGCCAGGGAACCAAAAGGGGUAGCGUGGCGACUACUAGGCCACCUUCGCAUACUCAAGAUCAUAUAAUAGCGGAGAGGAGGCGGAGAGAGAAGCUCAGCCAAAAGUUCAUAGCGCUGUCAGCAAUCGUUCCUGGCCUAAAAAAGAUGGAUAAGGCUUCGGUUCUUGGCGAUGCUAUCAAAUACUUGAAACAACUACAAGACCGGGUGAAGACAUUGGAGGAUCAGACCGUGAAGAAAACUGUGGAGUCAGUGGUCUUUGUAAAGAAAUCACAGCUCUCCAUUGAUGGCGAUCUCUCCUCCUCAGAUGAUAGUUUCGAUGGGCACUCCGAUGAGGCUCUCCCUGAAAUCGAAGCAAGAGUCUCUGAGAAGAACAUUCUAAUAAGAAUACACUGCGAGAAACGCAAAGGAACGCUGGUGAAAACUCUGGCAGAAAUAGAGAAGCUCCAUCUAUCCGUCACCAACACCAGUGUCAUGCCAUUCUCGAAUUCUGCCCUAGACAUAACGGUGAUUGCGCAGAUGGAGGAAGAAUUCUGCAUGACAGUGAUGGAUCUUGUGAAGAAUCUACGCUCAGCUUUCAGAAAGUUCAUGUGAAAAUCAACACCCAAAUCAUCAAAAUCCCUCUUCAGCUCUCCCAUUGCUUCAUAGAAGCCUUCCAAAAGAGUAGAAAUAAUGGUGGCGCAUUGUCGGCUACACUCCUUUCAUUUGUUUUUUUGACCCCACUUUUUUUCCUUUCUGAAAAAUACAAGGCCUGGAAAAUCUCCCUCUCUUUUAAGACCGUCCAUCUUCUCUUGUUUGCCGCGAGGUUUGUUUUUGCAGGGUGGUUUUUUCACCUUUUUUGCAUGGUUGACUCGUUGACCAUGUUUUCUCACCACCCUGUUGAAAUUUUUUUAAAAAAAACUAGCGGUUGAUUUGGGCUUUUUUCAGAAGGGGUGGCCCCUUUUGCAUCAUUAGCAGCCCUAAUAGCUUGAUGGAGUGAUACACACACAAAAAAAAUGGUCUUUUUUUCUUUUAUAAAUAUUUGGAGAUAGAGAGGGCCCUUUUUUUUUUUUUUGAAAUUUGGUGAAUUUUUUUUAGGGCUUUUGGCCCUGUCUUUUUGUUUUUGGGUUGAUGUGAUAUGUUGUAAUGAUAACUUUGUAGUCGAUUUGAUUAAAUAAAAUAAUGUUGAAUGGUACA